GCACCUGGACGUCCACCAGUGAUCUGCGAAGAGCAAGACAUUCCGCCGUGCAAUCCAUGCCCACCUGGUCCGCCUGGACCACCAGGACCAGCUGGAGCACCUGGAAAUCCAGGCAGACCUGGACCUCCUGGAAGGCCUGGAAACAAUGGUUUGUUUUAGAAUCUAUCAUUUGUGUGAGUCUGCUGAGUGAAACGUUGGAAGAGUUCAAGCUCAGUCUAUCUAGAAGACUUCAAAAUUCUAAGUGGAAGUUAUCAUUAUGCACAAGAAAUGAUUCGUUUUCGAUGAUUAAAAAGUCAUUUUGGCUUAAAAACUGA